UCAAUGAGGUUGUGUUUCUAAAACGCCAGCACAUAAGCAUACAUAGUGUUUCAAAGAACGGUUGACUGUGCAUACCGGUACCGGCAUAAAAAUUACAUUUAUCGAAGCAAGAUGUCGAAAAAUUUAAAAUAUUACUACGACCUUAUGUCGCAACCAUCCCGGGCGUUGUGGAUCUUUUUGGAGAAAACGAAAAUUCCUUACGAAAAGUGUUUGGUGAACUUGGGCAAAGGUGAACAUCUUACCGAUGAGUUUAAGGCAAUCAACCGCUUCCAAAAGGUACCAUGCAUCACCGACAGCCAGAUCAAUCUGGCCGAGAGUGUUGCCAUCUUUAGGUAUCUGUGCCGGGAGUAUAAGGUGCCGGAUCAUUGGUACCCGGCGGAAACGAGGCGCCGGGCCCUGGUGGACGAGUAUCUCGAGUGGCAACAUCACAACACGCGUGCUGUUUGUGCCACUUACUUUCAGUACUUGUGGUUGCGGCCACGUAUGUUCGGUAGCAAGGUAGAUCCGAAACGGGCUGAACAGUAUCGGACGCAGAUGGAGAGCUGUCUCGACUUUAUCGAGCGGGAGUUUCUUGGCGGUGGAUCACGGUUUAUCGUGGGGGAUGAAAUUUCGGUGGCCGAUCUGCUGGCGGUGUGUGAAAUCGAGCAACCGAGAAUGGCCGGAUAUGAUCCGUGCGAUGGUCGCCCAAAUCUAACGCAAUGGAUGGCACGGGUCCGCGAAGCAACCAAUCCGUUCUACGAUCAAGCGCACAAGAUUGUCAACAAAAUUGCUCAAGAUACUGCUACCAAACACAAAUUAUGAAAGUUUCAGUUUCGGACCUUAAAGGGACAAAUGAUACUAUGAGCAUUUAUGCACAUAGUUCUAUUAAAAGUUUGCUAAAAUGUACACUGUUUUAUAUACCACAAUUUUCAGCGCAUAUUCUGUUACGUACAAAGUAAAUUGCUUUAUUUCACUACUAGUUUAUGGAUCAUUUCUGCAAAUUAUUGAUAUGCGUCUCGUUUUCUUGAUCAGUUUAUCUCGAAAUAAGGAUUCCUGGUUAGUCAAAAUUUCAUGCGUAAAUUUGUAUCGAGCCGUGUGUCUGGAAAAGAUAAAAAACAACAUUUUAGUAUCACAGCA